AAAUAAAAAAUCUCUUUAAGUGAAAAAGCUUCUUCCACGUUCCCAGUUAAGAAGCAAAAAAUGGCUGCUCCAGCGGUUGAAGGCGCAGCUGUCGCUGUGACAGCCCUCCGCUCGGUCCUACUCCGAGUCCGACAAGCGGCGGAGCGAUCUGGACACCGGCCCGAACGAAUCCGGGUCGUGGGUGUAUCGAAAACCAAACCGGUUUCUCUCAUCCGCCAAGUUUAUGAUGCUGGUCACCGUUGCUUUGGCGAAAACUAUGUUCAAGAAAUCAUCGACAAAGCUCCGCAACUUCCGGAGGACAUAAAGUGGCAUUUUAUUGGGCAUUUGCAGAGCAACAAAGUGAAAACGCUUCUGGGUGGAGUGCCAAAUUUGGACAUAUUUGAGGGUGUAGAUAAUGAGAAGAUUGCAAAUCAUCUUGACCGAGGUGUUGCAAACCUUGGAAGAAGUCCUUUGAAGGUUUUUGUCCAAGUGAAUACAAGUGGAGAAGCAUCAAAAUCAGGCAUUGAUCCUUCAGGUUGUUUAGGGCUUGUAGAGUAUGUGAAAUUGCACUGCCCAAAUUUGGCAUUUUCAGGCUUAAUGACAAUAGGGAACCCAGAUUAUUCAUCAACUCCUGAGAACUUUAGGACUUUAUUAAAUUGUAGACUUGAGGUUUGCAAGGCGCUUGGAAUGGCAGAGGAUCAAUGCGAACUGUCAAUGGGCAUGUCUGGUGACUUUGAGCAAGCUAUUGAAAUGGGAAGUACCAAUGUCAGAGUUGGAUCAACCAUUUUUGGACCGAGGGACUAUGCAAAGAAGCAACAGAAUUAGUGUCAAUUCUCCUGCACUUAUGCAUCUGCUGAUGUGUUCACUGUACCAGCAUGUAAACUAUCAGAGUCAAAAGUGUUUAUUCUUCUCUUUGUAUCACUUCAAAACGAAUACAGAAAAAGAUUUUAACUUCUGCUUCUCAUUCCAACUGGGUCAAGGCCAAUAGAUGCUCCGAGCAUGAUCUGGAGGCUGAAAGUGUGAUACUGAGAAGUAACCUUACAUAGAGUUGUAUUUGAUGGAUCUUAUCGGAUGAGUUAUUGGCUUGGCAAACUAUUUUUAAGCCAAAUUGAUGCUACUUGGAUUGUAAAGACUAUUGCCAUUUUGUUUUAUUCAAAAGAUAUAAAAU